AUGCCGCCCAAACACAUCGCCAUCGUAACCUGCAGCACGCGCUCUCCGCGCCUCAAUCCAACCAUCACCCAUUACGUCCAUGACGUCCUCGUCAACGAUCCAGCCUUACCCACACAACAUGUCAAGGCCUCUUCACCCACGAAUCCACCCUCCACCGACACCGAUCCGCGACACAUCACCUUCUCCAUUCUCGACCUCGCCAAGCAAUCCCUCCCACUCUACGACGAAUCCGUCAUUCCCGCCCGUCUCCCCGCACACGAUCCGACCCCCCACUACACCAGACCCCACACUCGCGCAUGGUCAGCCACCGUCCAGAGCUACGAUGCCUUCAUUUUCGUGACGCCCCAGUAUAACUGGAGCGUUCCGGCCAGUCUCAAGAACGCACUGGAUUAUCUGUUCCAUGAGUGGACCGGAAAGCCGGCGGGGAUGGUCUCGUACGGGUCUCGGGGCGGUAGCAAGGCGACUGAUCAUCUGCGUGGAAUUCUGACCGGGUUGAAAAUGAGAGUGGUGAAUACGGCGCCGGCGCUGGCGAUCAAGUACACGGGGCUGCCGAUUGGGACGGCAUCGGAGGAAGAGGUGAGGGUCGACUUGGAUGAACGGGAUGUGGAAGGGUGGAAGCAGGCGGGGGUGGAAGGGAUGAUGAGGAAUUUGGGGAUGGAGUUGGUGUGUGAAUUGGAUAGAGAGUGA